GAUGGCAUCGCUUCGUUAUGUUCUAAAUAACUAGGACGUGUUACUUGCCCUCAUCAGGCAUGGCUGCCCCGCUCAGUGCCGCAGUCAUACACAGCGCGCAUGCGUGAGGAAGGCAGGGCCGGCGUUCUGUAGUGUGAUGGUGCCGGUGCGUGUGACCUCUCUGCAGGGUAACCGCCCGGGACACAGGCGACCUGGCUGCCCACUCUCUGCGGUUUCCUAACAUGCCUGGAUCCCUUCCUGCUUCCGCUGAAGCCUCCUGGCCUCAGGAUGUGGGAAUUGUUGCCUUGGAGAUCUAUUUCCCAGCACAGUAUGUGGACCAGGAGGAGCUGGAGAAGUUUGACGGGGUCAGUGCAGGAAAAUACACAAUCGGUUUGGGCCAGUCCAAGAUGGGGUUCUGCUCGGACAGAGAGGACAUCAACUCUCUGUGCCUGACGGUUGUCCAGAAGCUGAUGGAGAGGAACAAUCUGUCCUAUGAUUCUAUAGGAAGAUUAGAAGUGGGAACAGAGACCAUCAUUGACAAGUCAAAAUCUGUAAAGACUGUUUUGAUGCAGCUGUUUGAAGACUCAGGAAACACAGACGUUGAAGGCAUAGACACGACAAAUGCCUGUUAUGGGGGAACCGCAGCUCUCUUCAAUGCUGUCAACUGGGUGGAGUCAAGCUCUUGGGAUGGACGCUACGCUCUGGUGGUAGCUGGAGACAUUGCUGUGUAUGCCACAGGAAGUGCCAGGCCAACUGGAGGAGCUGGAGCUAUUGCCAUGCUGGUGGGGCCAAAUGCCACUCUCAUAUUAGAAAGAGGUUUACGUGGGACACACAUGCAACAUGCUUAUGACUUCUACAAACCUGACAUGGUGUCUGAGUAUCCUGUUGUCGAUGGGAAAUUGUCCAUCGAGUGCUACCUGAGCGCGCUGGAUCGCUGCUACUCCACCUACCGCAAAAAGAUCCAUGCAGCCUGGCAGAAAGAUGGAAAUGAUAAGCCAUUCACUCUCGAUGACUUUGGGUAUAUGGUGUUUCACUCCCCAUACUGCAAACUUGUCCAGAAGUCACUUGCUCGCCUGUUGCUGAAUGACUUCCUCAGUGACCCAAAUCCAGACACGGAUGAUGGUGUCUAUGCCGGCUUGGACUCGUUCCGUGAUGUGAAGUUAGAAGAUACAUACUUCGACAGAGAUGUAGAAAAGGCCUUUCUGAAGGCCAGCUCCGAGAUCUUCAGUGGGAAGACAAAAGCAUCAUUGCUGGUUUCCCGGGAGAACGGAAACAUGUACACACCUUCUGUGUAUGGCUGCCUGGCCUCCGUGCUCGCUGAGUACUCUCCGCAGCAGUUGGCAGGGCAGAGGAUUGGCGUGUUCUCGUAUGGCUCUGGGUUUGCUGCUACCCUGUACUCUAUUAAAGUUACCCAAGAUGCCAUGCCUGGAUCCUCUCUGGAUAAGCUGACCUCUAGUCUGUCUGACCUGAAGGCGAGGCUGGACUCCAGGAAAAACGUCUCUCCCAGUGUGUUUGCAGAAAACAUGAAGUUGCGGGAAGAAACCCACCAUUUAGCCAAUUACAUCCCUCAGUGUUCCGUGGAUGACCUGUUCGCCGGCACUUGGUACCUGGUACGUGUGGAUGAGAAGCACAGGAGAUACUACGCACGUAGCUCCUUGCUGAAUGAUGGACCUCUGGAGGCUACGCUGGAAUCCGUCCACUCAAGAAAUGCUAGUGAGCACUUCCCGAGCCCUGCUAAGAAGGUUCCAAGAAUCCCCACUGAAUCGGAGGCCAUUGCCGUGACUAAUGGAGAACACUGACCUGACUGACACAUUUCAUGUUCCUUGGCUGACAUAAAUAUUCACCUUUCCCACAAUUGGCACUAACUUUUCAAGUUGUGGAAUAAUUCUUAAGUAAUUGUAAAUAUUUAAGGGCUUGAAGCUCCUGGUGUCACCUGUUUGCAAAAUAUUUUCUAUCUUUUAAAAAAAAAAACACACACAAAAACCUGCAAUUGAAUAUACUUUUGAGUAUUUUAGUUUGGAACAGUGGAUCUCCUUUGCGAAGCGCGCUGGGUAGGGAAGCCAAUCCCAGGCCAUUUUUUCAAUCCCGGGUAUCUGGAUUGAAAAAAUGGCCAAUCACGGGAUACCCGGGAUUGGCUUUUAACUAUGUGGCCGCCCCCUCACCCCGUCCACUCUGCACCCGUAAAUCGCCAUAUACCGCGGGCGGGUGGGGAACAUCCUCCGCUCUCUCCUGGUGGCUCCCAGCGGCGUGUGACGGCACAGCGUGACCUCUCGCGCUGUGCUGGGGAGCCGGAAGAAGGAAGCCGGGCAGAGUCUGAGCGUCCUGUGGACACUCAACGCUGAUCAUUCAAAUCCUGGGAUUGGCCACUAUAGCGCUGGGUGAGCAAUGCAGAACACCCUUCAUUAUGCCUCAUGUAGCUAGAGUUUAACCACUAUACCAGUUUUUGUUCCACAGUACCGCCCAGUUUAGCUUCAUUCAUGGGUUUAGGCAACCAUGAACGUAUAAGGGCUUUGAGACUGCCUAUAUUACAUAGAUCACUUUUGUGUACGCUGGGGCACAAAAUAAGACUCUCCAGUGGACACACCAGGCAAAACGUACAUAUUAGGACCAAACAUCUCCCAUCAGCCGAUGCAGAUAUCUGAUCCUCCUCAAAAUCCAUGUAGUCCAUACAUCCAGGUGAUUUGGUGAAAAUCGAGGCACCCAGCGCCACCAAAGAGACUUCUGCGGUGCACCUCACCCGUUUGCUCUUCAUAAAUGAGACCCCUGUAUUGCUAGUGCUGUGGGACGAAGCUACUUUUAGCUAGAAUGUCACCCUGUUUACCCUACUUUAAUUGGGAACCGUAGUUCUUUUUGCUGUAUCUCGGGCAGAGAGAUGGUCCUGUCUCCUUUCCACCCCAGAGGUGGCAGUAUGAAUGCCUCUGCCAUGUAAUUGUGAUGCACUUUACAGAAAGAUGACGGUAUGUUGUGUGCAAACGAUGUCCAUGUUUAGCAAGUCGUACAGAAACCAUGUACCUCUUACAGUAUUUAUUUUUUCAUAACUGGCUCAAUGAGUUUUGUAUGUACAAAGUUGUUUAACAUCACCAGGAAAAAGCUUUGCAAAUCACAUUGGUGCUAAAAUUUAGGGCUACAGCCCUACUAGAUUGUAUGACAAAAUAAUAAUUAGAAAAGUAAUGUAAAUGUAUUAAUGCUUUUGUGUUUUGUUUCUCUUAAAGUUAAUUUUGUAUAUACAUGUAUUUUUGUUUUGUCUUUUGAGUAUGUGUCACAUCACACAAUGCUGGCAGACGUUCUGUGGGCUAAACUAGUAAUGCAAAUCAGCCUAUCGGCUCUCUAAUAACCAGUGACAUCACUAAGACAUGGUUCCUGGUGAACCAGUGCUCAUGAGAAUGGAAUAAAGCCACAGGAUGGGAGCUUCCAUUAUGUGAUUGUGGGGGGAGAUGUAUCAAGGCUUAAAGAGUGAUAAAGUGUAACAAGUUGCCCAAAGCACCCAAUGAGCGUCUGUCAUUUCAAAGACCAUUCUAGGUAAAGGCAUCUCUCUCCAAGGCUUGAUUCAUCUCCCCCUGUGACGAGUACACUUUAAAAGAAGAAAUAUCACAUAAAGAAGUGUAUAUUAGACUGAUGUGUAAUUUGACAUAAAGGGGGGGGUAUUCAAUUGUUUGGAAAGUCAGUUGGUAGUCUGUUUUUGCUAUCUAAUAGACAGGAAAAAACAGACACCUAACCGACUUUUCUAACAAUUGAAUUCCACCCAAAGAGUCUGAUUUUGCGCCUUUAGGUCACACCACAGUGAUAUUUUAAUUUAGUUUUGUUUAUAUGAAUUUUUUUUUCCUGAUUUUUGUAUAAUAUUUCUGUGUAUCCUGCCUAUUUGUACAGUCUGAUUUUUGCAAGAACUCCCUAAACAAAUGUACAGUAUACAAAUGUAAUAUGUAAUUAGACAGAUUUGUGCUGAAAUAUGUGACAAUUGUUUAAGAGAAAAAUUUAGACAAAAUGGUUCUAGUGUGAUCUCUUCUGGCGCGAAGGGAUGGAAAAACAACUUGCCAUGUAAAAACUUUGAAAAUAAAGUUUUCACUGUAACUUAUAA